AUGGCCAGCAACGUCGUUCAGUUUCUUCGCUUGCCUGUUUUGGCGUCGUCAGGUCUGGCCGUUUUGGCCAGUGGUUUAUUAUAUUUCAAGCAAAAUGAACUCAUCUACCCUCGCAACGUCCCCGUCGACGCCCGCACCAAUGUCCCCAAGCCCCGUCAGUUCGGCAUCACCGACUACGAAGAACUCCAGAUCCCCACCCCCGACGGCCAGUCGCUCCAUGCCCUCUUCAUGCGCCCUUCCAACAGCCGCGUCAAUCGGAAAUUGACGGUCGUCAUGUUUCAUGGCAACGCGGGGAACAUCGGUCACCGCAUCCCCAUUGCCAAGGUCAUGCAGGACGUCCUGGGCUGCCACGUGCUCAUGGUGGAGUACCGCGGCUAUGGACUGUCGACAGGUGUACCGGAUGAGAAUGGGUUGAAGAUUGACGGACAGACGGGCCUCGACUAUGUGCGACAACGGGCGGAGACGCGCGACAACAAGGUCAUUGUCUAUGGUCAGAGUCUGGGAGGUGCGGUCGCCAUCCAUCUGGCGGCGACCAACCAGGAAGAUGGCGUGAUCGCGGGUCUGAUUCUCGAAAACACCUUCCUGAGUAUUCGGAAAUUGAUUCCUUCGGUCUUUCCGCCGGCGAGGUAUCUCGCGCGCUUCUGUCAUCAGAACUGGAACAGCGAGGAGCUUUUACCCAAGAUCACCUCCAUGCCCAUCCUAUUUUUGAGUGGGUUAAAAGACGAAAUCGUCCCCCCCGAAAACAUGACUGCGCUCUUCGCGAGCUGCAACUCGCCCCGCAAGAGAUGGCGCACGCUGCCAAACGGGGCCCACAACGACAGCGUCGCCGAACCGAAUUACUUUGACCACAUUCAUGACUUUGUCAUGGAGGAAGUCGUCGGAGACGAUUAA